AAAAAUCUGGCUACCAGGGCAAACGGCGGCCCCGACAAUCUGGCCCCGACAUGACAGUGACCGCCAUCGCAGAGCACACUCACCUGCCCAAGUCACUGGCGCUUGUUGAAGACGAACUGCCGAAAGUGCAUCCUGCUGACACGAAGGUCGCAUCAAGAUUUCUUCAAUCUCGUCUCUCCAAGCAACACAUUCAGAAGCAGCAUGCAUUACUUGCACGCAAGGAUGCGGAGUUGUUGCUGCCAGAUGUUCCUGGAGGAUUGGAAGCGGAGGGAGAGCUCGAGAGAACAUGGAAAGUGGGACAGGAGGAUAUUGUUAAAGAGAUAGGCCUUGAGACUUCCAGAUCUCAACGUGACAUCAAGCUAGAUGGGGGACCGUAUACUCUCAGAUGGACGCGCAAUGGGCGACACUUGGCCAUUGCUGGGACGUCUGGUCACGUAGCCACGUUCGAUUGGCAGAAGGGAAAUGUACUAGCUGAGCUUCAGCUACGAGAGUCUGUUCGAGAUAUAACGUUUUUGCAUGAUUAUACCAUGUUCGCGGUCGCUCAAAAGAAAUACGUCUACAUCUAUGAUGCCAGCGGCGUUGAGCUACAUCGAUUAUCGACGCAUGUAGAUGUGAACCGGUUGGAGUUUCUUCCUUAUCAUUUCCUCUUGGUCAGCGUCGGCAACUCGGGCUAUCUCAAAUAUCAAGACACGUCCACCGGCCAGAUGGUAACGGAACUGCGGACGAAGAUGGGUGCCUGCGCAACUAUGUGCCAGAAUCUUCACAACGCAGUGAUUAAUCUUGGACAUCAACAUGGUUCGGUGACAUUAUGGGUUCCGAAUAUGCCAAAGCCGGCGGUACAACUUCAGGCUCAUCUCGGACCUGUUACUGGUCUUGCUGUUGAUGCCAAGACUGAGGGACGGUACCUUGCCAGUGCCGGAUUAGAUUCUAAGGUUAAGAUCUGGGAUUCGCGCAAUUGGGGCAAGUGCGUCAAGGAGUGGCAGCCCCUCGAGAGUGGUUCUGGCGGUAUUGUUGAGUGGAGCGGAAGAGGUUUACUUGCCUUCUCUAGAGGGCGACGAGUGAACGUAUACGCUCCCAACACCUUGCUGGACGGUUCUGCCAAACCGCCUGCACUAUACAUGUCGCACCACCUGCCAGUGCAGACGUGUUCCAUUCGCUUCCGGCAGUUCGAGGAUGUCCUUGCAGUCGGUCAUGCUGCUGGCUUCUCUACUAUCAUCAUUCCUGGAUCGGGAGAGCCCAACCCAGAUUCGUUCGAAGCUGAUAUCUACGAAACACGCACUGGGCGACGAGAGCGCGAAGUCCGAAGUUUACUGGACAAGCUGCAACCUGAUAUGAUUUCGCUCGAUGCCAACUUCAUUGGUUCCGUUGCCUCUGCGCCAAAGCGACCAUAUGCAGCGGCUCCUGUGCCAUUCUCGCGCCUUGCUCGGACAGAGCGUCUCCAAAUUCAGGGUAAGUCGGAUGAACCCAUGGAACAGGAUGAAGAAGAUGAGGAGGAAGACACUCAAGACACGUCCAAGCCAGAGAAGGAAAGGCUCAAGAUGCGGGGAAAGGGCAAGAGCAUGAAACGGUUCCUGCGCAAGAAACGCAAAAAUGUGAUUGACCCGGCUACUGUCGCUAUCAAAGCCAAGAUGGCCGCUAUCAAGGAGCAACAAGAAAAGAGGAAACAGGCAGCAGAAGGUAGUCUACAACCGGAGAGGAAAGGUGCCUUGUCACGCUUCCACAAGACCUGAUCUCGCACCUCUAGAUAAUCAUGCCUCCAACACUAUGUAAUGUACCUCACGUAUGAUACCCAUUGCAACGAUCCGUGUCCCUCUUGCGUCUUGUCGUAGUCUGCCUGUCCAACCUUUGAAGGGUGUCGUUUUGGAAUGUGUAUGCCACAUCUGCUCUUGCUCAAGGGGCUGUUCAAUUAUUCGACCUUCCAUUCUUUGCCCAGCACUUGAUCUUCCGCGCUUGUGAGAUUCAGCUCGAUAGCCCAGAGAGCAAGGGUGAAAAAGAUGUUGAUCCAUCGCCACCAGACUUGGGAAGAAUGGUCGAGCAGAAGCAAAUGUGAAUAUACAACGACGAGGAUUGUUUGCCGAUAUAUCAUCAAGGCGUAUGCAAUUCUUCUGCUCGGUCGCAUCUCAGUCUCAUCCUCCUCCCAUGGUCCGGCCGUGAUUUUCAUCAGAACCUUGCUUGCACGGUGCAGAACAGUAAUACGGAAGACUAGGGAGAACAGAAGCGUCUUGGGGAUUGUGGACGUCAAAAGUGUCAAAAGGGUAUUCAAAUAGGGGAGCAGGUGCGAGAACAGUGGGGGAUAUCCUGCCGCCCAUUGAAGGUUGCCUUCUUUCCAUCCCCAGCUACGCCCAGGUCCACCUGGACCUUCGCCAGCUCCACAAAGCCAAAGAUUAUAGGAAAGGUACAAGGCAACGCCUGCACUCUCGAUCACGUUUGUUCGUCGCAUUAUAAACCCGAUCAGGGUAAGAAAGAGAAGACAAGUGAGGGCGGCGCCUAGCAGGACGGCUGAGACGGGAGAAGCAGCGGUGACGGAGAAGCAGAUGUAGAUCCAAGUGGCCGAGGCAACGUACGCCACUGCGGCGACAACGAGCAGACCAAAUUGGACCAAAUCCCCACGGUCUGCGAUUGCCAUCGCGUCCUGCCCCCAGCUCUGAAUGAGCACGAGACUGGCAAUGCCUUCGACGAGGACAAAGAAUAUGCUUGAGUAGCGCAGACUGGCGCCCCAGAGCCAAGCGACGAGAUCGACCGAGGGGUUGAUCUGACCAUUGAC